AUGGCACUGCCCAGAUGCACGUGGCCAAAUUACGUUUGGAGAGCAGUGAUAGCGUGCUUGGUACACAGGGGAUUGGGUGCUUCAUUGACUCUCUGUGUCUUGGGAUGUUUGCUUCAGGCUGCCCAUGUGCUCUCACAAAAAUUGGAUGAUGCAGACCCGUUGGUGACUACCAACUUUGGCAAGAUAAGAGGGAUUAAGAAAGAGCUCAAUAAUGAAAUUUUGGGGCCCGUUAUUCAGUUUCUUGGGGUUCCGUAUGCAGCCCCACCAACAGGGGAACAUCGUUUUCAGCCUCCAGAGCCACCAUCUCCCUGGUCAGAUAUCAGGAAUGCCACUCAAUUUGCUCCUGUGUGUCCCCAGAAUAUCAUUGAUGGCAGAUUGCCUGAAGUCAUGCUUCCUGUCUGGUUUACUAAUAACUUGGAUGUGAUUUCAUCGUAUGUACAAGACCAGAGUGAAGAUUGCCUAUAUUUAAACAUUUAUGUCCCAACUGAGGAUGUAAAAAGAAUAUCCAAGGAAUGUGCCAGAAAGCCCGGCAAGAAAAUAUGUAGAAAAGGAGGUCCCCUUACAAAGAAACAGACAGAUGAUUUAGGUGAUAAUGACGGUGCUGAAGAUGAAGAUAUUCGGGACAGUGGGGGUCCCAAACCAGUGAUGGUGUAUAUCCAUGGUGGCUCCUAUAUGGAAGGUACUGGAAAUUUAUAUGAUGGGAGUGUCUUGGCAAGUUAUGGCAAUGUGAUCGUCAUCACAGUCAACUACCGACUCGGGGUGCUUGGUUUCUUGAGCACAGGGGAUCAGGCUGCAAAAGGAAACUAUGGACUCCUUGAUCUCAUACAAGCUCUAAGAUGGACUAGUGAGAACAUUGGAUUCUUUGGUGGUGACCCCUUAAGAAUCACUGUUUUUGGAUCUGGUGCUGGGGGUUCAUGUGUCAAUCUGCUGACUUUAUCCCAUUAUUCUGAAGGUAACCGUUGGAGCAAUUCAACCAAAGGACUUUUUCAACGAGCAAUAGCUCAAAGUGGAACAGCCCUUUCCAGCUGGGCUGUUAGUUUCCAACCCGCAAAAUAUGCUAGAAUGUUGGCCACAAAAGUUGGUUGCAAUGUUUCUGAUACAGUAGAGUUAGUGGAAUGCCUACAGAAGAAGCCUUACAAAGAACUUGUUGACCAAGAUAUUCAACCAGCGCGAUACCACAUAGCCUUUGGACCUGUGAUUGAUGGUGAUGUAAUACCAGAUGACCCUCAGAUAUUGAUGGAACAAGGAGAGUUUCUCAACUAUGAUAUAAUGUUAGGAGUUAACCAAGGGGAAGGGUUAAAAUUUGUUGAAAAUAUAGUAGAUAGUGAUGAUGGUAUUUCAGCUAGUGAUUUUGACUUUGCUGUUUCCAAUUUUGUUGAUAAUUUAUAUGGAUAUCCUGAAGGCAAAGAUGUUUUGAGAGAAACCAUUAAAUUCAUGUAUACUGACUGGGCUGACCGUCAUAACCCUGAAACCAGAAGGAAGACAUUAUUGGCUUUGUUUACGGACCAUCAGUGGGUGGCACCAGCUGUAGCUACAGCAGAUCUUCACUCAAACUUUGGUUCGCCUACGUAUUUCUAUGCCUUUUACCAUCAUUGCCAAACAGAUCAGGUUCCAGCUUGGGCUGAUGCAGCUCACGGAGAUGAGGUUCCUUACGUACUAGGAAUCCCCAUGAUUGGGCCUACAGAGUUAUUUCCUUGCAAUUUCUCCAAAAAUGAUGUGAUGCUGAGUGCAGUCGUAAUGACAUACUGGACAAAUUUUGCUAAAACUGGUGACCCAAAUCAACCAGUCCCUCAAGACACAAAAUUCAUCCAUACCAAACCCAACCGCUUUGAAGAAGUAGCAUGGACCAGAUAUUCCCAGAAAGAUCAACUUUAUCUCCAUAUUGGAUUAAAACCGAGAGUUAAAGAACAUUACAGAGCCAAUAAGGUGAACCUCUGGUUGGAGCUGGUACCUCAUCUGCAUAAUCUUAAUGACAUUUCUCAGUAUACCUCGACAACAACUAAAGUGCCAUCAACUGAUAUCACGUUCAGGCCUACGAGAAAAAAUUCUGUACCUGUCACAUCAGCCUUUCCCACUGCCAAGCAGGAUGACCCCAAACAACAACCGAGUCCAUUUUCAGUGGAUCAAAGGGACUACUCAACAGAGCUGAGCGUCACAAUUGCAGUUGGAGCAUCACUGCUAUUUCUGAACAUCUUGGCCUUUGCAGCCCUGUACUACAAAAAGGAUAAGAGGAGACAUGAUGUUCACAGGAGAUGCAGCCCUCAGCGCACUACUACCAAUGAUCUGACCCAUGCACAAGAAGAGGAGAUCAUGUCCCUCCAGAUGAAGCACACUGAUUUGGAUCAUGAAUGUGAGUCCAUCCAUCCACAUGAGGUGGUUCUUCGGACCGCCUGCCCCCCAGAUUACACACUAGCUAUGAGGAGGUCACCUGACGAUGUUCCCUUAAUGACACCCAACACCAUUACAAUGAUUCCCAAUACUAUACCAGGGAUUCAACCCUUACACACAUUCAAUACAUUUACUGGAGGACAGAACAAUACUCUGCCCCAUCCCCAUCCCCACCCCCAUUCACAUUCAACAACCAGGGUAUAG